GUUCAGUUGGUACGACUGAUUGUUGUUUAUGUCAUAGACUAUCGCAAUCCUCUCUUCAUUGACUCUUUGUAAACAUUAUGUUGUUUGAUACAACGUAAUAUUGGGGUUUUAAAUUUUAAUUUAAAAGACUCCCUGUGUUUCUAUGUUUGUUCAAAGUGUCCGAAAUGCAUUGAAAUGCUCAGUAAGUGGAAAAUAUUACAACAAGCGAAACUUAAAUCAUCCCAUACUAAAUGCGGCUUUCAGUUUCGCUUCUUAACGUGCCAGCUAGGAGCAAUAAUGGACACAUCGCACAUUGAACAGCAAGGCGAGGGCGUGCGCACCCUCGCCUUCUUCGACCUGGAGACGACCGGCCUGCCGCACGAGCAGCCCAGGGUGCGUGUCACCGAGCUGUCCGUCGUCGCGGUCACGGUCGCCGACCUGAGAGCUGCGUCGCCGCGUUUGCCGCGCAUUCUGCACAAGCUUACUAUGUGCAUGAAUCCCUGUUCGCCUGUCCACCCAAUCGCCAGCCAGGUGUCUGGCCUGGACAACUUCAUGCUUGAAGGCCACCCGACUUUCAAGACUGCAACUUGUGAUACCCUGGAAUCCUUCCUCCAAAGGUUGCCGCCACCUGUCUGUCUGGUAGCGCAUAACGGCCACCGAUUCGACUUUCCGCUUUUGGCCAAAGAAUUUCUCUACGCUAAAAGGGAAAUUCCAAAUAACAUUUUGUGCGCUGACACUCUGCCCUGCUUUCGUGAAUUGCUAAGUCCAGAAAAAGUUGCCAAGCAAGUAAUUCCCAGGCGCCGGCUAAACUUUGGUGCAACCAAGCAAACAAGCUCCCAAAACUCUUAUGAAUUCGACUCGCCGGAACUGGAGGCCGAAAUGGUCGCCGUUGCAGAGGCAGUAGAGCGAGAGUACAUGCUCAAGUCCCAGCAAACCCCUGUAACGCCACCAGUGACCCCUACACAACUGGCGAGAAUCCAGGAAAGCACUCCUGAACGCAAAAAACCCAAAUCUUUUCGUCUGGGCGACCUGGUGCAGCAGUUAGCGCCCGAAUUCAGGGUGGACGCCCUUCACUCAGCCGAGGGAGACGUAAUGGCCCUGCUGCACUGCGCCUCUGCCCUUGUUGACCAGUUUGUUCCCUGGAUUAACAAACAUGCGAAAAUUUUUCCUGUGCAAAGUUAAUUUGUACCCCAAAAUUAUAUUUUUUCUGUAUUAUACAUAUUUUUAGUGUAUGCCAUGUGAAAUAUACAAUUUGAACUUUUUAAAACAUUUUUAAUUAAUUACAUUUUUUGCACAUGUAUAUCAUUAACUGAGAAUUAAAGAGCGCGAGGUGCUCAUUGAUGUUUUUCGUUUCUCAAUUACAUACUGAGAGAGUCAUUUACUUUUGCAAAAGACAAUAUUAUAUAAUUUUGCGAAACAUUUUAUAAAGUAAGCUAAUUCCGAGAAGAAGUAUUCAGUGCAUAAUAAAUAGAGGUCUCAGCCAGCAGCGUAUAUGUUUUAUAUUCAAUUCAAUUAGAUCAUUUUAUAAUUAAUUUAAUUAAUAGAUAUUAUGUCUGUUGUACACCUUUUGGUGUUUAAUAAAUAUUUCAUUCAUAAUUAAUUUAAUAUUUCAUUAAAAAGUUUUGAACACGACAAUAUGAUAAAAGUGAUAUUAAGUAGGAUUAGUGGGGGGAGUACAAAAUUGUGAUACCCUUGAACGGAAAAAAUACCAUCUGUGAGAAAAUCUGGCAGGAUUCUUGAUUGAUUUUGAUAAUUAUUAACAAAAACAGAACACCGCAAAAGGGCGAAGCCCUCAAGCAUUCGGAAUAUUUAGUUAACAUUUUCCGCUUUUUAUGUCACAUGAAAUAAUUUAAAUGUUUGAUUUAAUGGUUUACCUCGGUUGGCCCAUUUGUUCCUGAGGAAUGUUAUUGUGUGAUGGAGAUAAAUUAUAAUAUUAUUAAUAA